UACGAUUCAACUCCGGCAGUAAUUUUUUUAUUCCUUCAUUAUUAUUAUAAAUAAUAUUUUUUUUUGAUUUUUUCUCAUUCCGUCUUCAUCGUAAGUCUUUCAGACGGGUAUAGUGAUUUUUUUUUUGUGGUUUCAAAAAGUGCCUUACUAAGUGCGGCGUAAAGUAGAUUUGAAGUCUAAAGUUUAUGUUGAUUUGAAAUGUAAUUGAAUUUAAUUAGUGAUUAUUUUACUUAAAGAUUGCAGUCAAGUGGCAUGAAAAUUAAAAAUUUUGAUUUUUAUCAGUUCUUGGAAGUGAAAAUUUAAAAAUAAAAAUAAAGUUGUGAAUGAAUAGCUGCAGCAUAAGUGACCACAAUCUCAAGAUACUUUUUUUGAUCAAAAAUUUGUUAAACAUGCAUGACAUUCCUUAAUUACUUAAAAGUGUUUCACGCUAAUUUAUUAUUAAGUAAAUAAGAUAUUUUAAAAGAAAAAAGGCAAGAAGAAGAAUCCAAAAAAAAAAUAAUAGUGAAAUGGCUAAUCAUUCAUACAUGAAGGAUCGUCUGGGUUUCGAUCCAGACGACUUAAUGAACGAAGUUGAUGAUCUCUUUUAUAAUGGACCAAGUGAUGAUGAUUUUGAUUCACCAUCACAUAAAAAAUUUAAAUCUUAUAAGCCGUCACCAUCAUCAUCAACAUCAUCUGUUUUAACCUACGAAAGUGCAUUAAGAGAUGUAAAAGACGAACGAGAUGCGAUACAGAAGAAAACGUUCACAAAAUGGGUCAAUAACCAUCUACGUAAGGCAGGUGGUAAAGUUACAGACUUAUUUGUUGAUUUGCGUGAUGGGCAUAAUCUCUUAACGUUAUUGGAGUUGCUGUCUAAUGAGAAAUUGCCACGUGAGAAAGGCAAAAUGCGAUGGCACAUGCUGCAGAACAUCGAUACAGCAUUGAAAUUUCUUCAGCAGAAAAACGUGAAAGUCGUUAAUAUUCGACCUGUGGAUAUUUACGAUGGAAAUCCCAAAUUAAUCCUCGGAUUGAUUUGGACAAUAAUUUUACACUUUCAAAUUUCUGAUAUUAUGCUUGGUAAUGAUGAAAACGUAUCAGCACGCGAGGCACUGCUGAGAUGGGCAAAAAAGACAACUGAGAAAUACCCUGGCGUACAGAUCAAUGACUUUACAACAUCAUGGCGCGAUGGUUUAGCAUUCUCAGCUGUUUUACAUCGUAAUCGUCCAGAUUUAGUUGAUUGGCGUAAUAUACGUGAAAUUAAAAGUCGUGAACGAUUGGAAAGAGUCUUUAGUACGAUGGAAAAGGAAUUUAGCGUCUAUAAGAUCUUAGAUUCACAAGAUGUUGACACAAGCGCGCCAGAUGAGAAAUCUAUGAUUACAUACAUCAGUUCAAUCUAUCACGUUUUUCCACAACCACCUAAAAUACAUCCACUUAUGGAUAGUGAUUCACAAACACAGUCACAAGAAUAUCGAACGCAAGCCCAAAAGUUGCUUAUUUGGUGUCGUGAAAAAACAAUAAUGCUUCAAGAACGAACAUUGGAUAGGGACAUAACAUCGCUAAAGAAAUUGCUUGAAGAUCUUAAGAAGUUACGUAACAUUGAAGUGCCUGAAAGACAGAAAGACAAGCAACGUUUGACCGUUCUUUACAGCCAACUUGAACGGUACUUUUCAUCUGUUGGUGAAACGUCACUCGAACUUGACCUUCGUCCGGAAUCAUUGGAAUUGUUUUGGUAUCGAUUAAUUACAGCACUAGCAGACAAGGAACAUGAGUUACUCCUCCACAUACAACAUUUGCAACAACUCGAGAUGUUGGCGGACAAGGUUAUACGAGAAGUUGAGCAGUUUGAUCAGAAAAUUACAGACAUAUCAUUUAGAAUCUCAAAUGAAAGUAGCAGAAUUGAUAAAAUUCAUCGCCUUGAUGCACGAACAAUUGUUGAAACAAUCGAAACUGAAAUUGAACUUCUUGAGAAGCCAAUCGAACAAAUGAUUAAAGAUAGCCACGCAUUAAUUGAUGGAAAUCAUGCAAAAUCAAAAGAUUUGUAUAGCGAUGCAACACAAGUCAAUCAAAAGUAUUCACAACUUCGAACGACAUUCCACCUUCAAAUGCUUUCAAAAAUGUCACCAACACGUGAUUUAACGAAUGGUAGAAGUUUGGAGCAUAAUCCGUAUUUGAGGGACAUUGAACAGCAUAUAUCAUGGUGCCAACAAAGGCUGUCAAAUAUCUUGCAAGCAACAUGGGGAUCAGAUUACAAUUCAAUUACAUCCGAACUUGACAAGCAUCAAGUUGAGCACAAGACAAUCGAUCAAUAUCAUUCAAAAGUACUCCAAUGUGAACGUCAGCAGGCUAACUUGUCAGGCGAUGAGGCACAUCUCUAUCAACAAAAGCUGAAUCAAUUGAAGAAAAUUUAUGCUGAGCUCUUGAGCUUAUCAACAAAACGCUUGUGUGACCUUCAUGCACUACAUGACUUUAUAACCGUAGCGACAGAUGAAUUGAAUUGGUUAUCGACACACGAAAAUAUUGAAUUAAAUCGUGAUUGGUCAGAAACGUCAAUGGAAUUGAUGCAAUUAAACAGCAGCUAUAAGCAACUGGUUAAUGAAUUUAAUGGACGUGAUCAACAAAUAAGAGCAGCAAUGGAAAAAGGCGAAGGACUUGUUGCACAACAUCCUGCAUCUAAAAUGGUAGCAAGCUAUAUGCAAGAAAUUCAAGAACAAAGAUCAUGGAUAUAUCAACUUAUUCAUUGUUUUGAAGUCCAUUUUAAACAUCUGGCUGAUUUUCAGAACUUUUAUAAUGAUAUCAAGGAACAGAAAGAAUGGCUUGUCGCAAGAAAGGACCUUCUUGAGACAAAAUAUUCCGAUAGUGACUUCAAUCUCGAUCGCGGUGAUAUUUUAUUGCGUGGAAUGCAAACAAUUUUAGAGGAAUUAAAUCAAUUCAGUGUUGUUGUAGAUAAAUUAGCGAAACGGUCACAGUCAAUUGUGCCAUUAACUGAGCGAAAAUAUUUGAUUCAUAACAAGCCUUAUACAGUACAAAGUUUAUGUACAUACAAACAAGAUGAUCAAAUUGUGUUAGAGAAAGGUGAAGUCGCUGACUUGAUUGAUACGUCACAACAAGUUUAUUGGAAAGUCAAGACAAUAAAAGGCGGUGAGAAAAUUAUUCCGAGUGCAUGCUUAAUGAUUCCACCACCAAAUGAAGAAGCAUUCGAAUUAGUCAAUAAAUUGAGACUUUCGCAACAGAAGAUAAUUGAGUUGUGGCAAAUUAAGCAAAUUCAUCUACGUCGUAAUAUGAUUCUUGCAACAAUUCGUGUAGUAAAAGAGUGGAGUUUUGAGCACUUUGUGGCCUUGGGAUAUGAGCAACGUAACGACAUUAGACGUGCUCUUAAUGAAGAUUCUGAUAAAGUUCUUGCUGAGACUGAUCCAACAGAUCAGCAAAUUGUUCAUUUAAAGCAAGAAAUGAUUGAUGUCAAUCGACUAUUUGAUGAAUUUGAAAGACGCGCUAGUUCAGAAGAGGAGAACAAGCAAACAAGUCAACUAUUUAAUGAAAAGUGCCUUCAAUUAUCAUCACGACUUGAAAGUCUUGCAAAGGAACUUGACGGCAUCAUUUUAUCACGUCUGCCUCAAGAUCGCACAGCAUCUGAUGCAGCACUCGAAACAAUACUUGAUUUCAAUCGACGCCUUGGCUUCUUUGAUUCUGAUCUUAAGAAUUUAAAAGAAACCUUCCGAUCAAUUCCAUUGAAAUCUCCCGCACAGAAAAAGAACUUGGACAAUUUGAAUGAGUUAUAUAAGGAAUUGAUAACUCAAGCUAAUUUGCAUAAAGAAAGAUUGAAUUUACUUGAAAGCUCCCUUACUGGACUCGAGAAGAAUGGCGAUAUCAUUAAAGAUUUGGAAAAUGUUCUUGCCAGUCAUAUCAUUAUGCCGUCGACAAUCGAAGGUCUACGCGAACUAUUGAAACAGUUAACAGCACUCCAGGAAAUUAUUUAUGAAAAUCAAUCGUCUAUGGAUAAGACAAACAAUUCAGCUAAUCAACUUGGACGAAUGGGUGUUCCAACAAAGAUUAUCGAAGAUCUUAAGCAUCUUCAUACCCGAGUUGAGCGUCUUAAUUCGAGAUGGAACAAUGUUAAUCUCCAACUUGCUGACAGAAUUCAGAGCGUCGAAACAGCAAUUGGUCUAUUAAAGAACUUGCAAACAUCUCUCAUACUCGAGGAGACGUGGGUUGAGACGCAAACACAAAAAUUAAAAUUACUUCCAACCAUCAGCAAUGCUCUUGACUUAGAUAGCCUUUUGACAGAAACGGUCAGAAGAGGAAAUAAUCAGAUAAGCGAUACUAAUCUAUGUGGUGGAAAAUUGAUAAAAGUGUCAGAGCAAUACAACGACAAGAGCAAUGAAUUCAAAGCUUCACUUAAUGACUAUAAUGCCCCUGAAACAUUAAAUGCUGAACCCGAAAUUGGUGAUGUUUAUGGCACAUUACUCGAUGAGUUGAAUGGCAAAUAUGAACGGUUGCUGUCUCUUCUUCAACAGUCUCUUGCCAAUCUUGCUGAUGAUGCUGACAAAGAGCGCUAUGCAGAAAGCUUACGCAAACCACUGAGAACUUUCAGACAGAGUUCAAUUACAGAAGAAUUUGUGGUUGAAGAUUCGCAGAAUGAGAAUGUGGCAAGAGCUGGAGAUCCUCAAACACAAGAAAGACAGCUAUUAUGGAAGAUACUGAAUGUAUUGGGCAUAAAAGAUCCAAAAACAGGAAAUACUUUGACCGUUCAUGAUGCCAUAAAAUUGAAACUAUUUGACUUGAAUAGCGGAACACUUCGUAUAGAGGGGCAGGAUACAUUAAGCAUUGACGAUGCUCUGAAACAAGGUAUUAUUGAUACACAGAUGUGUGAUAAUUUGAAGACAUUAAAUGAUCUUUCGAAAAAAUAUGAAAUUACAAUUGGCGAUACUGAAAGUACGAAAGUCGAGACCGUAAUCCAUGGAGAUGGAAGUUUUGAUGAUACUGAUGGAUCAGAAAGUCGCGUAAAGGUAAUAAAAUUUAAUGAAAAUGGUGCAAAGAGUUUUGCUGAAGCUAUUGACAAUGGAAUUGUCGAUUCAGCAUCUGGUCUUUAUCGUCUUAAUGAUGGUACAUAUAUAACAAUUGCGGAAGCCUUAAAAUUCGGUUAUUUGAUAAGAAAUGAAACGGUCAAAAUCAAAUCGACAGCAAUAAGUUUCUCCGAUGCUCUAACACGUGGAUUAUUUGAUGAGCAUGGCUACAUGAUGGAUCGUAAUUCCGGCGACAAAUAUCAAUUACAUUCGGCUAUCGCGAACGGUUUAAUUAAUGAAAAUUUGCGUGAAAUUAUUGAUACAAAGAAUGACUCGAAGGUCGCUGUUAAAAAAGCUAUAGAAAUCGGUUUACUUGAUUCAAAGGCAGGUCUAUUUAGGAAUUCACUCUCAAAUGAUAAAUGUACAUUCAAUUAUGCGCACAAUAGUCAUUUGAUAAGCAAACCAUUAACGUUUAAGGACGUCUAUGACUUGUCAUUAAUAAAAGACAAUUGCAGAAUUCUCUCACCGACAUUCUCACAAUGGCUUUCAAUUCAAGAAGCUAUUGAUGCCGGUGUUUUAGAUUAUGAUAACUAUAAAUGCAUAACAAAAGAAAAGGGGAACCUCGUCACAUUACGUGAGGCAAUUGAAUGUGGUGUUAUUACUUUAGAUGGAAAUUAUAAAGAUAUUGUUACGAAUGAAGUUAUAAGCAUUAAAAGUGCUGUUGAGCGUGGCCUUAUAUCAUCCGUUUCACAAAAAUCCAUUUUUGAUAUCGAUGGCUUUAAAGAUCCUAAAGAGGAAUGUUUUGUGUCUUUAAAUAUUGCCUUACAAAAGCGUAUCUUGCGUCGAGACGAUAAACAUUUUGUUAUAACCGCAAGCGGUAAUAAGUUUUUUACACUUAAUGAUGGCGUUGAGUCGGGCUUAGUCCGGCCGGAAGUCUAUUCUAUGUUAAUGCGUCAUAUUGGUGUUUUUGAUGAGGACAGAAAUGAAUUGCGUGUAAUUGAUUUAGUUUUUUAUAAGCUCAUUGAUCCAAUUAGUGGAUAUUUAAUAGACAUUCAAACAAAGUCCAAACUUCCCCUUGAUUUGGCAAUUGAAAGACAAAUGAUUACAGCACCAGGUGCCCUUUUGCUUAGCAGCCUACUCAAUAUAACACUUACGACGGAAACAAUCACAAAAACUAUCAAACGUUAUGUAACAAUAAAAGAUCGCGAAAUGAUUGACAACCAGAUAGAGGCAGAGCAUGCAAAUCCAUCAUUUUCUGAGGCGGUACAGAAAGGCCUUAUUAGCAUUGAUGAACAAACAUACCAUCAGCCAGAAGAAGAGAAAUAUUAUAUGGUACAAGAUGCCCUCAAUAGAGAUCAUGUAUUGGCGGAUACAGAGAAAUUCAAUGUCAGUGGCGGUGCCAAGACAGCCACAUUAACAAUCAUCACAAAAUCAUUUUUGCCAUCGAAUGGCGCAGCAUCAACAACAAUUAUGAGACAACCACAGGAAUUGCCACAACAAAAGUCGACAAUAAAAAUAUUAAAGAAAAUGCAAAAGAAGGUUAUUAGCCUCAGUGACGCCUUACAUAUGGGCUUAAUAAAUGAAGAAACAUACGAAUUGUUGGAGAACAAUGUGACAUUUGCACACAACCCAGAUUCAUUCUUAAAAAGUAAGAAGUAUAAGGUUAAAGACCCUCAAUCGGGCCUCAAUUUAACACUGGAGGAAGCAAUUGAGCGAGAAAUUUUGAAUCCAAAUGACAUUACGAAAUUCCACAUUCCAUUUUGUAGAAGUUUAACAAUUCCACAAUUGAUUGAACGUGAUUUAUUGGAUAUUCAAAGUCAAAUGAUUAUUCAUCCUGAGACUGGAGAUUUACUAACAUUGAAUGAAGCCAUUGCAUGUGAUAUUGUUGAUAAAUAUUCACUAAUACGAAAUGAUAAGAAGCACAAAAUUACAUUGAAGGAAGCAUUAAAGUUCGGUUAUAUUGAUGGGCAUGCUCAAAUUGUUAUCAAGUCAAAGAAGGGUGAUUUAAACGUUCAGACAGCAAUCGAACGCGGUCUGUUUGAUGUUGAGAAAUCACCAAGUAAGGAAAAAGGUGUUGAUGUGUCUAAAAAUAUUCCAUUAAUUGGACAAACUUUCCCAAUUGUCGUUAAGCGUCGUCUCUUUAUUCUUGAAACUCAAGAAGUUAUUCACAUUAUUUCUGGUAAGAAAAUCCCUCUAAAAUAUGCAAUUGAAUCUGAUUAUAUAAUGUCAGUUCCAUGCGUUCCAAAUGUUUAUGAAAUGUUCAUUCCUGAUGCAAUCGAUCAAAACUUGGUUGAUAUUGAUUUUGGGACAUUUACAUGUCCACAAACGGGUGAAAUUAUGACUUUACAAGAUGCUUAUAGUCAUGGUUAUUUAUAUGCUAAACCAUUACAUGCUAUUAUAUCUCAUGAGUCAUUAAACUCGACACAAAUAACGAAGGAAGUUAAAAAUAUUUCACAUACUGUAAAGACAAAAAGCAUUGAUAUACUGGAUGGAUUCACAAUGGUUUCAGCAAAUGAAAUUACAAAUAAUAAAUCGGGAGAAUCAUAUACAUUAGAGCAGGCAAAAGAACAAGGAAUUGCUAUUGAAAGAAAUGAAGUAAAUGAAUUUACAACGAAAGAGUUUGAAAAUUUGUCUGAAGGUGAAGUGUCACGAACACCAGUCGAAUCUGAAUUUACAAAAACUACAGACUUAUCUACCAGAUUCGAUGAUAAUGAGAAUCAAGAAAUGGAAAUUUCACAAUUGGAAGAAAAGCACAUAAAGACAAUUAAGAAAAUCACAAUUAUUAAGGAGAUCAAGUAUGAUGAAAAUGGAAAGGAAAUCAUCACUGAAUCAGUUGACAAUGAACCUGAAAUAUUUGAAAGAAACAUGCCAACAGCUGACAAAGAAUUUGAUGAAAUGUUUAAGAAGUUCAAGCAAGAAAAUCCCGAUUUUGAGCAAGAAGAAAUUGUUACGCAAACUGUGAACAACGAGACAACAAUCACCAAGGUGAUUAAGGAAUACAACAUAACAAGAAAUGAAACAGAAUUUACCAGAUCAGAAGAUAUUGAGGAAGCUGAAGAAGCAUUUGAAUUUGAGGAAAAUACUAAACCGACUGUUAAAGAAGUCAGUCCAGGUCCUAAAGGAACACUCAUUUACAGUGAAAACUUGGAGAGUCUUCCACGUGAUUCAUCAUCACACGAGACAGUCACAUCAUCAAGGACAAUAACGAGAACAACUAAGUUCAUCACUAUGCCAGAAAAUGAAAUUAAUAUUUUGGUCGAUAAUGAAAGGCAAAGAAAUGACCAACCAAUUUCACAAGAUACAAAUGUCUCAGAAACAACAACAGUCGAAGAAUUGCCAGACGAAAAUCGUAAAAAAAUUGUCAUUACAACGACACGUGUCAUUACAAAGAAACCAGAAAAUGAGAGUGAACAAAUUGUCGUAAGUGAUCCACAGCAAUCAUUGCCCUCAGAUGUGACAGAAAAUAUUGUAAAUGAGCCAAUAAUUGAAGGCGAUGAUACAACUUCCCUCACAAAAACGAAAACAAUCAUAAUUUCAACUAUAAAGGCAUUUACUGAAAGAACUGAUAAUAAUCAACAGCUUCCAUUAGAGGAACAAACGCCUGAUGAGAUCAUUAAAGACGAAGAAAAAGUGACAAAAUCUGACAUUGAAAAUGUUUCGACAUUUACUAAAAAUAUCACUGACAUCACAUCUCAAUUUAUUGAUGGCGAGAGAACACAAAUCAUUACUCCAAUUCCUGCUCCAAGAAAGAAGAAGCCAGUCGAGGAAUUUAAACCAGAUGAGAAUGAAACUGUCGAUCAAACCGAUGAGAUUAGUGAGACAUCCACAAAAACAGUUGUUAUUACAAGAAUUACGAAAACAUUUAUCGAAGGCGCUGAUAAUGAAGUAAGCACAUCCGAUGAUACAGAAAAAAUGAAGCAUAUUGAGCAUAUCAUCGAUGAACAGCUUGCAAAAUCCACAGAACAAGUUAAAUUUGAUGAAAAAGUCGUUGAAGAACCACAACAAUUAAUAAAAGAAGACAAAAUUAAGCAUGAACCAAUUGUUGAAAAGAAAGAAAAUCUAGAAAAGGAACCACCAAAGCGCAAAGACAAAAAGAAGAAGAAGGACAAAGUCCCUGUUGAGCCUACAAAAGAAAAAGAAAAGUCUCCAAAACCAACUGAUGAACAGCAUCAUGGUGGUAUCUCGGAUAUGAUGAAAUCAUUAGUCACAAGAACUAAAGUAAUUACUUCUAAAAUUGUUGGAACAAAAGAUUCAGAUACGAAAGAUGCACCUGAAGAAGUUCCAAAAGACAUUCAAAGAGAACUCACUCCUGAAAAGAUUGUGGAACCAGCUGAUGAUAAAGAUGAUAAAGAAUUGUCGCAAACCACAACAACAACAACUAUCAUCAGAAAAACAACUAUUUACGGUUCCAAAACUUUAGAAAGUGAAGAACUUGAAAAACCAUUUGAGCAAAUUCCAGAAGAACAACCAGAAUCUACAAGUGAUGUUAAGAUCGUUGAAGAGAUUCCAAACGAACCAGAAACUGUUCAAUUAACGGAAGAUAAUAAACCAAAAAUUGAUAAAACAGAAACAUCAACAAAAACAAUUGUAACCACAUCAAGAGUCUUCGAUUUUAUUGAAAACGAAAAAUAUCAAUUCAGUACUCAACCUGUGGAGACAGUCACACAAAAAGAAAUUAGAGAACCAAUAAAGGAAGAAUCGAUUCCGAAGAAAGAUGAACCUAAAGAAAAGAGCAAGAAGCAUCGCAAAGGAAAACGAGAACCACCGAAAGAAACCUCACUGCAACUUCCUGAAAAGAACGAUGAUAAAGUUCUCGAUGAAGAAUCCGAACCAAAAGAUGAAUCUUCUGGUCUAUUUGGAGCUAUAAGAAAAAUAUCCAAAAAGACAAAAGCUACAACAACAAAAAUAAAGUCAAAGUUCAUUGGAUCGAGUGAUAGUUAUGAUAUACAUCAUGAAGGAGAAGAGGAAACUUCGGAACCUGAAAUUAAAAAGUCAAAACAAGAAAUCAAACCAGUUGAAAUACCCAAUGUAGUAGUUCCAGAAGAAGUUACUAAGCAAACAGAAAAGUUUAUCGAUACCAGUUCUGAAACAACCUCUUCUCAAACAGUAAUCACAAAAACAACAGUGAUCACAUCUUAUAUCACUCAAGAGGAUGGCACUGAAAUAAUCGAAGAAAAAUUACCAGUCAUGGAAUUCUCAGAGCCUAAUGAUUCUGAAAUAAUUGAAACUCUGAAGCCAGGAAACUUUGAAGUUGUUCAAGCUCCAAAAGAAGAUGUUAAACUUCAAGAACAACCAAUUGAAGAUUUAACCACAACUUCUAAAACUACAACAUCAGUAUUCAAAACAAUAGUUCAACAACCUCAAGGAUUUGAUCCUCUACAAAUGUUCAUUAACAAUGAAAAAGUUUUCCAUCCAGAUGAAACUGUUGAACCCAAAUUAGUAGAUAAACCUGAAGAAACUUCUGAGCCACAAAAAGUAAAUAAACUAGAUGAAGUUCCUUCAAACGAUGACUUUAAAGUAGAUGAUCAAUCAGAAAUCUCAAAUGUUAUGAAAACGAUCAUUACAAAGACAACAUUCAUAUCGUCGAAGAUAAUUGAUUCAAAUGAAACAAAAGAUGAUCAAGAGCCAGAAAAACCACUUCAAGUUGAUCAGAGAAUAUCACAAGAAAAAGAUGUUAAAAUCUUGGAAGAGAUUUCAAAACAACCAGAAACAAAAGAACCAAUAACUGAAACAAUUACAUCUAAAGAUGAUAAGAAGAGUAAGAAGCAUCGUAAAGGAAAACGAGAACCGCCAAAAGAGAUACCGGUGCAACAAGAAAAAGUUCCUGAAAAGAAGGAUGAAAUGGUUCCUGAAGAACCAAGAGAUGAAUCUUCUGGUCUCUUUGGAGCUAUUAGAAAAAUUUCGAAAAAGACAAAAGCUACAACAUCAAUGAUCAAAUCAAAAAUUAUUGGAACUAAUGAUAGCUAUGAUGUACAGCCACCAACAGAAGUUGAAACGUUAGAACCUGAGACAAAGAAGUCUGAACCAGAAUUCAAAAAAGUUGAAGAACCAAAGGCAAAAGUUCCUGAAGAAGUCACAAAACAAACCGAGGAAUUUGUCGAAACUGAAACAGACUCUACCAUAACAAAAACGGUAAUCACAAAGACAACAAUAUUUACAUCCAAUAUCACCCAGGAAGAUGGAACUGAAAUCUUCGAAGAAAAAUUACCAGAAAAUCUACAAGUGAUGGAAAUUCCUAAGUCUGAGGAUUUGCAACCUGGUAAAUAUCCAAAGGAAUACAUCAAACCUGAAGAAGACUCGACAACUACAAUUACUACCACACUAAUUAGCACAAAGAUUCAAAGUUUUGAUCUUCUUCAAAUGUUCCUUAACAAUGAAAAAAUUUUCCAUCCAGAUGAAACUGUUGAGCCACAAAAGUUUGUUAAAGCAGAUGAAGUUUCUACACUAGACAAACCUGUUACUGAAGAUAAGAUCGUAACAGAACAAAAUGACAAACCAGAAAUAUCAGAUGUUAUAAAAACAAUCAUCACAAAGACAACACUGAUUUCAUCGAAAGUAAUUGAACCUGAAGAUAGUAAAGAACCUGAAAAACCAGAGAUAUUGUCACAAGAAAUUGUUGAAUCUCCAAAGAAUGAAAAGAUCUUGAAAGAGCUUCCAAAAGAACCAGAAACAAAAGAAUCCUUGCCAGAAACAGUUGAGUCAAAACAAGAUGAAAAACCGCAAUUCGAUACAACAGAAACCACAUCAGAAACAUUCGUAAUUACUUCAAGAACUGUCGAUUUUAUUGACAACGAAAAAUAUCAAUUCACUCAACCUAUCGAGAAUAUUGAACCUUUGAAGAAAGAAUCAGUUCCCAAAAAAGAUGAACCUAAAGAAAAGAGCAAGAAGCAUCGCAAAGGAAAACGAGAACCACCGAAAGAAACCUCAGUGCAACUCCCUGAAAAGAAGGAUGAAAAAGUUCCUGAUGAAGAAUCCGAACCAAAAGAUGAAUCUUCUGGUCUAUUUGGAGCUAUAAGAAAAAUAUCUAAAAAGACAAAAGCUACAACAACAAAAAUAAAGUCAAAAAUAACUGGAACGAAUGAAAGUGAAGAACCACAAACAGAAAUUGAAAAGUUAGAACCUGAAAUUAAGAAGGCAGACCCAGAAACCAAACCAGAUGUUGAAGCAAUUAGAGAAGUUCCUGACCAAUGGGAGGAAUUUGUCGAAAACAGUUCAGACUCAACUAUUACAAAAACAGUAAUUACAAAAACAACCGUGAUUACUUCUCAUAUCAUUCAAGAUGAUGGAACUGAAGUAUUCGAAGAUAAAAUGCCGGAAAAUAUUCAAAUUGUGGAAACCUCAAAACCAAAAGAUUCCGAAAUUAUCGAAACUCUUGAGCCUGAAGACUUUGAAAUUAUUGAAGCUCCAAAAGAAGAUGUUAAACCUCAAGAACAACCAAUUGAAGAUUUGACUACAACAACCAAAAUCACAACAAAAGUAACUAAAACAACAAUUCAGCAACCUCAAGGAUUUGAUCCUCUUCAAAUGUUUAUUAACAAUGAAAAAGUAUAUCAUCCUGAUAAAUCGGUUGAGCCACAAAAAGUAGAUAAACCAGAUGAAGUUCCAUCACAAGACAAGCCUAUCACUGAAGAUAAGAUCCUAACAGAACAAAAUGACAAACCAGAAAUAUCUGAUGUUAUGAAAACGAUCAUCACAAAGACUACAAUCAUUUCAUCGAAAGUAAUUGAACCUAAAGAUAGUAAAGAACCUGAAAAACCAGAUGAGAUAUUGUCACAAGAAAUUGUUAAAUCUCCAAAGGAUGAUAAAAUCUUGAAAGAGAUUCUAAAAGAACCAGAAUCGAACGAAUCCUUGCCAGAGACAGUUGAAUCAAAGGAAAAUGAAAAACCGCAAGUCGAUACUACUGAAACUACAUCAGAAACAAUCGUAAUUACAACAAGAACUGUCGACUUUAUCGACAACGAAAAAUAUCAAUUCACUCAACCUAUCGAGAAUAUUGAGCCAGUCACACAAAAAGAGGUUACAGAACCUUUGAAGAAGGAAACAGUUCCCAAAAAAGAUGAACCUAAAGAAAAGAGCAAGAAGCAUCGUAAAGGAAAACGAGAACCUCCAAAAGAGGCACCGGUUCAAAUACCUGAAAAGAAGGAUGAGAAACAUCGUAAAGGAAAACGAGAACCUCCAAAAGAGGCACCGGUUCAAAUACCUGAAAAGAAGGAUGAGAAAGUUCCUGGCGAAGAACAAGAACCAAAAGAUGAAUCUUCUGGUCUAUUUGGAGCAUUUAGAAAACUAUCUAAAAAGACAAAAGCUACAACAACGAAAAUAAAAUCAAAAAUAACUGGAACAAAUGAAAGUGAUGAACCACAAACAGAAAUUGAAAAGUUAGAACCUGAAAUUAAGAAGGUAGACCCAGAAACCAAACCAGAUGUUGAAACAAUUAGAGAAGUUCCUGACCAAUGGGAGGAAUUUGUCGAAACCAGCUCAGACUCAACUAAUACAAAAACAGUAAUCACAAAAACAACAGUGAUUACUUCUCAUAUCACUCAAGAUGAUGGAACUGAAGUAUUCGAAGAAAAAAUGCCGGAAAAUAUUCAAAUUAUGGAAACCUCUAAACCAAAAGAUUCCGAAAUUAUCGAAACUCUUGAGCCUGAAGACUUUGAAAUUAUUGAAGCUCCAAAAGAAGAUAUUAAGCCCGAUGAAAAGCCAAUUGAUGGUUCAACUAUUCAAUCAUCUACCACUAUAGUAAUCAGCAAUAAGUUUGAAAGACCACAAGGAUUUGAUCCUCUUCAAAUGUUCCUCAACAAUGAGAAAAUAUUCCAUCCAGAUGAAACUGUUGAGCCACAAAAAGUAGAUAAACCAGAAGAAGUUUCCUCACAAGAUAAGCCUGUCACUGAAGAUAAGAUCCUAGAAGAACAAAAUGACAAACCAGAAAUAUCUGAUGUAAUGAAAACAAUCAUCACGAAGACAACAUUGAUUUCGUCGAAAGUAAUUGAAACUGAAGAUGACAAUAAAGCUGUUGAACCUGCAGAGAAAGAAACUGAAAAACCAGACGAGAUAAUGCCCCAAGAAAUUAUGAAAUCUCUAAAGGAUGGCGAGAUCUUAGAAGAGAUUCCAAAAGAUCCACAAACAAAAGAACAUAUGCCUGAAACAAUCAAAUUAAAGGAUGAUAAGAAGAGUAAGAAACAUCGCAAAGGAAAACGAGAUCCACCAAAAGAAACACCGGUGCAGCAAGAAAAAGUUCCUGAUAAGAAGGAUGAGAUAGUUCCUGAUGAAGAAUUGGAGCCCGUUAAAGAUGAGUCCUCUGGUCUGUUUGGAGCUUUAAGGAAAAUUUCGAAAAAGACAACAACAAAAAUAAAAUCAAAAAUAACUGGAAUUAAUGAAAGUAAUUCUAAACAACCGGAAAAAGAAGAUGAAAUUUCAGAACCUGAAAUAAAGAAAUUUGAACCCGAAAUGAAACCAAUUGUGGAACUUAAGAAAGAAGUUCCUGAAGAAGUCACAAAACAAACAGAUGAAUUAGCCGAAACCAGUUCAGACUCAACUAUUACAAAAACAGUAAUCACAAAAACAACUGUGAUUACAUCUCAUGUCACUAAAGAAGAUGGUACUGAAAUAAUCGAAGAAAAAUUGCCGGAAAAUAUCCAAAUUAUGGAAACCUCAAAAUCCAAUGAUUCCGAAAUUGUAAAAGCUCCUGAGUCAGAUGACUUUGAAAUUAUUGAAGCUCCAAAAGAAGAUGUUAAACCCCAAGAACAACCAUUUGAAGAUUUGACUACAACAACCAGAAUCACAACAAAAGUAACUAAAACAACCAUUCAGCAACUUCAAGGAUUUGAUCCUCUUCAAAUGUUUAUUAACAAUGAAAAAGUAUAUCAUCCUGAUAAAUCGGUUGAGCCACAAAAAGUAGAUCAAACACCUUCACAAGAUGAGACUAUUCAUGUAGAUGAUAUUCCAACAGAACAGGAUAAGCCAGAAAUCUCAGAAGCAAUAAAAACAGUUAUCACAGAAACCGUUUCCUCAAAUUUAACUGAUUCAAAUGAAACUGAAGAUAAGAAACCCGUUGAACUUACUGAAAUUGAUAGAAUGGAAGAACCAGUUGAUGUAAAAACUGAUGAAAGUCGCGAAACUUCACCUGAAACCGAAGAAAAAUCUGAGCAAACAAAGGAAAAAUCUUCAAUAUUCUCAGGAGCAAAGAAAAGGAUGAAGGGAUUCAAAACGAAAAUGUUUGGCUCCAAAGAUACUUCAGAGAAAAACAAACCAGAAGAAAAGCCGAAAGAUGAGAAAACUAAGCCCGAUAUUACACCACGAAAAGAAAAAGAAGUUAAGCCCGAUGUUGAUAUUGAAAAGAUAGUCGAGACAUUAGUAGAAGAAUCAGAACCAACUGAAGAUACUGAAAUUUCUGAAUCAGGCACAAUUACAAGAGUUGUUAAAACAACCAGAGUUAUUACAACCAAAACUGUUGGCUUUGAAGAACCAAGUGAAACAAUUCUUGUAGAGGAAAUUCCUACAACCGAGAAAAUCUUCGAGAAACCAGAAGAAAAAGUCGAGACAUUAGUAGAAGAAUCAGAACCAUCAGAAAACACUGAAAUUUCUGAAUCAGGCACAAUUACAAGAGUUGUUAAAACAACCAGAGUUAUUACAACCAAAACUGUUGGCUUUGAAGAACCAAGUGAAACAAUUCUUGUAGAGGAAAUUCCUACAACCGAGACAAUAUCCGAAAAACCAGAAGAAAAAGUCGAGACAUUAGUAGAAGAAUCAGAACCAUCAGAAAACACUGAAAUUUCUGAAUCAGGCACAAUUACAAGAGUUGUUAAAACAACCAGAGUUAUUACAACCAAAACUGUUGGCUUUGAAGAACCAAGUGAAACAAUUCUUAUCGAGGAAAUUCCUACAACUGAGUCAAUUCCUGAAAAUGUAGAAACAAUUACAGAGAAAUUAAUUGAGGAGCCAAAGAAAAAUUUGGUUUCAAGCAUUGUUAGUUUUAUCGAGAAUGAAAGAAACAUGGUUGAUAAAAAGCCAGAAAUCAUUAAGCCUGCUGAACCUCAAGAUCAGAAAGAUGUGCUAAGUGCUAUUUCAACAAUCGUCAAAAAGACAACAAUCAUUACAUCUAGUAUAACUGGGUCUGAACAACCAAACGAAACGGUUCUUGUAAAAGAAAUUCCUACAACUGAGUCAGUUUCCGAGAAACCAGAAGAAAAAGUCGAGACAUUAGUAGAAGAAUCAGAACCAAUUGAAAAUACUGAAAUUUCUGAAUCAGGCACAAUUACAAGAGUUGUUAAAACAACCAGAGUUAUUACAACCAAAACUGUUGGCUUUGAAGAACCAAGUGAAACAAUUAUUGUCGAGGAAAUUCCUACAACCGAGACAAUAUCCGAAAAACCAGAAGAAAAAGUCGAGACAUUAGUAGAAGAAUCAGAACCAUCAGAAAACACUGAAAUUUCUGAAUCAGGCACAGUUACAAGAGUUGUUAAAACAACCAGAGUUAUUACAACCAAAACUGUUGGCUUUGAAGAACCAAGUGAAACAAUUCUUAUCGAGGAUAUUCCUACAACUGAGACAAUAUCGGAAAAACCUGACGAAACCGUCGUAUCAACAGUGGAACAUUCAAUUGAGCCGACCAUAACAAAAGUUGUUAAAACAACAAGAAUUAUCACAACUAAAACAUCUGACUCUACAGAACCUGAAAUAACAACUUCAACAGAGGAAUUCACCGAUGAUAAUCAAGGCAAUAUUCCAGAUGAAGUAAGAGAUUUAAUUGAUAAACUCACCGAGUCAUACAAGCAUGAAAUUAAGGAUAAUAUGACUCAGCCUGACGAUAAAUACGAGGUUGUAGAUAGUAAAGUAAGUGAAGAUGUAGAAACUUCGGAAUCAACAAAAACGACAAUUACAAAAACCACAGUAAUUACUUCAAGAACAUUCACGCAAUCUGGAGAAGAAAUUAUCACUGAAGUUCCACUUGGAAAUCUUCAAGUAAUGGAAACUCCGAAACCAAAGGAUAUGCAAAUCAUGGAGGCCCCAAAACCAGAAGAUUUACAAGUCAUGGAAACAGUUAAACCCGAUCAUUUACAACUCAUGGAAAUUACAAAACCAGAUCAUUUGCAACUUAUGGAAGUUCCAAAAGAAAAAGAUUUACAAGUCGUAGAAGUCCCUAAAAAAGACAACGAAAUAAAAACUGAACAAUACGAAGAUUCAACUAGUUCAACAGUAAUCACAACUACAACAAUUACAACAAAAGUACAAGAUGGUAAACAAUUCAAUCCUCUUCAAAUGUUCCUUGAAAAUGAAAGAACAGUAGCACCAUCAGAAACCAUUGCGCCACAAAAACCUGUUCGUGAAUCAUCUCCACCACAAUCUACAAAAGUGUCAACAACAGAAAUGAAAACUGUAAAGCAAUUCUCAGUUACUGAAAAUGAAAUUGAGGUGCUGCCUCUACGUGAUGCUAUAAAAGCAGGAAAAAUAGAACCCAAAAUUUGUCGUGUUAUGAUCAACGGAACUGAAAUGCCAUGGACAGUAAAUGAUGCAUUACAGUCGAAAGAUUUAUCACCAACAGACAUUGUGCAAAUCAAUUCCAGUCAUGUUGUUGUCUUAUUGCCCAAUGAGCAGAAAGCAUACCUUCUUAAUCUUAAUGAUCGUUUCUCAGAAAAGUUAUUACUUGAAAUGGGUCUAUACGAUCCAAACUUGCGUUGCUUUAUCGAUCCAUGGACGGGUAAUCAAAUAUCCUUCGAAUAUUUCAUAUUCCAUCUUGAUGUUGUUGAUCCAACAACGAUACAUGUAAAGAAUCAAAAACUACAAACAUAUGUUCCAAUUCAGCAAGCAUUUAAUGAAAAACUUAUUGAUCCACUACAUGGUACAAUGGUGGACAUGAAAACUAGUCAAACAAUUCCAAUAUAUGAAGCAGUCGAUAGAAAGUUUGUUAUUCAAAAGAUACCUAGUCAAUUGCGAAUUAUAAAAUUCCCACCAACAAUUUCAGAUCUUAUCAGUAAUGGAAAUAUUAACUUUGAGACCGAUGAAAUCAUUGUUAAUAAUGAAAAUUUGUCAUUUAGCGAAGCAUUACGUAAUGGUGUUAUUGACACAAAUCAAAUCACGAUACGUGAUCCGGCGACAAAUGAUGUUAUAGGCUAUAAAUAUGCUGUUGAUCGUGGUAUUGUAGACCUGCCACGUGGCAUAAUUAUAAAUUUGAUCACACUCGAGCAAAUUUACAUUAUUGAAGCAUAUAGACGUGGAUAUAUAAUAAUAGGCAAGAUGAGGCCCAUUUCGCUUAAUGCGGCUAUAUCAUCAGAUCUUUAUGAUAAGAAAAAUAAUAAAUUCAUUUCUCCAUACAAUAAAAAUAAUCCUCUAUCAUUACAAGAAGCUAUCGACUGCGGCAUUAUUGAUCCAAAACUUACCAAUAUUAAAGACACUAAGGAAAAUUCUCUUGUCCCAUUACGACAAGCUAUUGAGUUCAAUCUAGUCGAUUCAAAAGUGGGAAUGGUUAAGAAUAAAAAAUCAUCAGUUCCGUUAAAUAAAGCAGUUAAAGAUAAAUUGAUUGUUGAUAAAUAUGAACCAAUUGAUCUUGCUGAAAUUAUUAUUAAGAAUUAUUAUGACCCCGAUACCGGUUUGAUUUUAAAUCCUUAUACUAAUGAUAUGUAUGUCACAUUAAGGGAAGCGAUUUCGCUUAAAAUUAUUAAUAUUUAUCACAUAAGAAUCUACGAUGUCCUACAAGACCGUGUGUACUCUGUUGAGGAUGCAAUUAAGAAUGGCUUGCUUGAUGAUAUUAAAGGUGUAAUUACACGUCCAAAUAUGCCACUUGAUAAAGCAUAUCUUCAAAGAAUCUUAAUUAGUUUCAAUGGUCCAUUGUCAUUGCCAAGUGCUUUACAAUGUAAUGUUUUCGAUCCAGAAACUAGAAAGUAUAAUUUCGAUAAUCAGCCACUGAAUUUGAGUGAAGCAAUUGAGAAAAAUAAAAUUGCUGGCAAUGAACUCGUCCUUUAUGAACCAAAUCGUCAAAAAUUGUCGACUCUUAAUCAAGCAAUUUCUGCUGGCUUCUUAGAUCCAAUCGAAAGUAUGAUUGUUGAUCCAAUAAACAAUAAAGAAGUUCCAAUUGAUGAUGCAAUGGAGCAAGGUUUUCUUGUAAAAUCUCGUUCCGAUGUCAACUUACGUGAUGCAGUCUUUGAGGGCUUAUACAAUCCUAAAGACGGAUCAUUUAGCAAUGUAGCAACGACUGAUGAAAAACUUCCACUUGACAUUGCAAUAAAUCGUAAUGUUGUUGAUGUAAGAUCGACUAUAGUCAAUGUCAAUAAUGUUACUUUAGACUUUGAACAAGCCAUCGAGCAAGGUGUCAUUGAUCCACAAAAUUCUGUCGUUCAAACACAAUCAGGCGAGAAAUUGAACUUGAUUGAAGCAUUUGAUCGAGGCAUAUUAAAUACAAUCUCAAAACCAGUUCGAUUGCAUGAGGCGAUUAUUAAGAAUUUAUAUGACGAAACGUGCGGCUUAUUUGUAGAUCCGGAGACGCGUAGGAAAGUAAAUAUUCAAGAAAGUAUUCAAGAAAGUCUUAUAGAUCCAAAUUCUAUUCAAAUUCAAGAUCCAAGCAGUAAAUCCUACCUUCCAAUUUCUAUUAAUUUUGCUAUCCAAACUGGUCUGAUAAAUGCCAAAAAUGGCACCGUCAACUAUGAUAAUAAAGUCUUUACUCUAAAAGAGGCAUUCGAUUUGGGAAUAUUAAUUGACAGUAAAGGUCCGGUAAGCAUUCAAAGAACAAUCCAUCAAGGCACAUUUGACGAAAAUUCGGGUCGAAUUUCAGAUCCAUUUAGCGAUAAGAAAAUAACAAUUCAUGAAGCCAUACGAAAAUUUGUCAUAAAUCCACACUUGCCAUGCUAUUUUGAUGAGGAAAAGGAAGUCUUGUACUCAUUAAAUGAAACAUGUAAGCACAAAUUAAUUGAUCGAUUCCAAGGUAACUUUAUCGUUCCGCAUUCCGGUGAGAAGUUGACAUUAAAUGAAGCCAUGAAAUUAGGAUGGAUAAUUGAUAUUGAAGGUGGAAAUUUCACAUUAUACAAAAUUUUACAGUAUCGAUUAGUCAGUCCACAAAAUGGUAAAUUAAUACAUCCAGUAACUGGUCGUCAUUUAACGCUUAACUAUGCAAUCGAGCAAGAGCUUGUUAAUUCUGACUCGUCAUUAAUCAAAAAUCGUAACGGUAAAUACAUAACAUUGACCGAUGCGCUAAAAUUGAAUGUAAUUGACGGGGAUAAAAAUGUUUAUUGGCUAAAUGACUCACAGUCAAUUCCAUUGCAUGAUGCAAUCGACAAAGGCUUAAUUGUUUCAAGCGAAAAACCAUAUUCACUCAAUAAAGCUAUUAAAAUGCGAAUUUAUAGACCUGAAACGGGCAAAUUUGUCGAUCCAACGACUAAUAGCUAUUAUGAUCUUAAAACAGCAAUUGAAAAUGAUUUGAUUAAUGAUGAUUCAGUAAAGUUCAAGAAUAAUUUUACAAAACAAACAAAGCCAAUCCUUCAAGCUAUAACAGAUGGCGAUAUAAAUAUUCCAAAAGGUCGCGUAUUUGACCAAAAAACUGGUCAAUCAUUCAAUUAUGACGUAGCAUUCGAUAAAGGUCUCUUGAUUAAUAUCCCGCGAGGUAAAACGGAACAGAAGAGAGAAAUAAUUCAAGAAGAAAUUCCAAUGAUUAAAAUUGACUUGGUUGAUUCAAGUAAGCCACGCGAAAUGACACUGGAUGAGGCUAUAAAAGCAAACCUCAUUAAUCCUGAUGUCGCAAUGAUUAAAGAUCCAAAGACAGGCAAAUUUAUCUUGUUGAAAGUUUUCAUUGAAACUUAUCAAAUUAUUUUAACACAAAAGACGACAAUCGAUCCAAAAUCUCCAUUCUUUGUAUUCAGUCCGGGUUGUGUUGUAUAUUCGCGCGAGCCAAAAUCAUUUGAUGAUGUAAUUGAGUCGAAUGAGUUGAACUUGUCAACCGGUAAAAUCGUCGAUCCAGAAAACAAAGAUAAGGAAUUGACCAUCCAAGAAGCAAUCGAUACUGGCAUUCUUGAUCCCGAUACCAUACUCAUUAAGGAUGGUUCGAAGAAGAAACUUUUACGCGUUAAUGAAGCAUUAAGAAAGGGUCUUGUUGAUCCUGAAAGAUCUUAUGUCGUUGAUACGUCAUCAUCAAAAUUAUACAGCCUUGAAAAUGCUUUAGAGGAAGGUCUUCUUAAGACACCAAAAAAGCAAUUUGAUUUAUUGGAAGCAAUUGAAUUUAAUCUCUAUGAUGAGACAACUGGAGUAUUUACCGACCCAUUCGCUCCAACGUCAAUUGAGGAUCAUAAAGAAAUAGCUCAAAUCACAUUCGAAACUGGCAUCGCUAAAGGUUUGAUUGACCCUUCAACCACAAUGGUACGUGCAACAAAUGAUAGUGAAAUUAUCCCAAUUUCUGCCGCUAUAACAUCGGGUCUAAUAGAUCCGAUCAAGGGAGAAAUUGUCAUUAAAAAUCCAGAAAAUGAUAAGCAAGAAGAAAGAAUUAAUUUCGUCAAAGCAAUGGAACUUGGCUUGCUAGUUCCAGCUGGCGAACGGCAAGCAGUCAUCGAACGAUUUGCACUAUGUGAAGAAAACAUUUCAAUUCUCUUGAAGUGGAUUAACGACAUUGAACAACGACUCUCGAAAAUUGGAGGACCACAAGAGCAUAUUGAGGAAUUGCAUGCACAAAUCAAUGUGCUGAAGCACAUCAAGAAUGAUAUCGAUCUUCAGGCUCGUCCAGUUGCUUCGUGCUUAGAACAAGUUCGUCAACUUGUAUUAACAAGCGGAAAUGUUUUAUCAAUCGCUGAAGUUACUCAAUUGGAGAAUUCCGGACGUCAAUUAAGAUUCCGUGUCGAUCGUGCCCAUGACAGCUCACUUAAGCUGAUUAAGCAUCUUCAAAAUAGCUACGAUGAACUUGACAAAUUGCAAGGAGAAAUGCAUGAUUUUGCAAGAUGGUUGCAAAGUGGACAAGAAGUUUUGGACAACGAACAUGCAUACUUGUCAGAUUUGAAACAAUUGCCAGCACAAUCAAUCCGUAUUAAGGAAUUAUUGAAAGAAAUCAUCGCCCAUCAAGCUGAUUUAAGAUUCAUUACAAUUUCUACCCAGAAAUUUGUUGAUGAAGGCAAAGACUACCUUAAUGUGCUUAAUGAUCUUCGUUUAUCACUACCUGAAAGAUUACCAAACAUCGAACCAAUUGCAAGCUUCAAAUCUCCAGUAAGACAAACUGUCUCAGAUUUACAGCAACGUUACAGUGACCUACUCAAUCAAGUCAAUGCAUUUGCUGAUCGUCAAAAUAAUAUCAAAGAAUCCUAUCGCAUCUAUAUUGAACAGCUUGAAAAGUCACGCACAUGGUUGAGUGACGUUCAGUUGCGCGUAUCAAGCGUUAUUGCCCAUCCAGUUGGAACUGACAUCGAAACUAUUCAGGAACAAUCAAACAUCGCCAAAUCUCUUUACAAUGAAUUCUUAGCAAAUGGAAAAUUGAUCGAUCAUUUGCAACAAAGCUUGAAUGGCUUACUUGUAUCUUUGACUGGAAUCACAACACCAUCUGAAAAUGCAGGUCUAGAAAUUCCAGUUGACGAAGUCAAACGUGACUACAAAUCUCUUUUGGAUGCUGUUGAUAAUCGUUGCAAACUUCUUGAAGUUGCUUAUGUACAAGCACAAGGUGUUCAAGAUGCUCUAGAUAAUCUCAUUGCCCAUAUGAAACAAACUGAAGAUAAUAUUCAUAUUCAGUCACAACCAGCAUCACUUAUUGUUGAAAAAUUACUUGAACAAAUUCGUGAACAUCAAUUCAUAUUGUCAGACUUGGAAACACAUCGUGCCAGCUUAAAUAGUGUUACAGAAUCAGCAAAAGAGUUGUUGAAAGUUCCAUCAAAUGCACGACUUGCUAAAGUCAUUGAAACCAAGUUGCAGAAUGUUACUGAUCACUAUUCAAGAUUGAGAGACAAGGCAGUUGCACAUAAUGAAUUCUUAGAAGCAAUCCUUAAGAAAUUAACCAAAUUUAACAAUGACUCGACAAUCGUUGAAACUGAAUUAAAGCAUCUCCAAGAACUCUCACACAUCGAAGAGAAGUCUAUUGAAGUUCUAAUGAAAUAUUUACAGGAUAUCGUUCAAAAUCGUAAAAAGAUUCAGCCAGCAUAUGAAGAUUGUAUCUACCUUGGUAGAGAUCUUGUUGAACGUAAGGAUGUCACUGACACUUAUGUAGUGAAAGAUAAAAUGAAGCGUCUCCAAACAUUAUGGGAUAGUCUCGAACGUCGUCUUGAUGACAAGCUUAAAUUGACUAAACAAAAGUCAGAAAAGUUGGGAGCAUUUGAAAUUUGCAAGACGGAAAUUUACUUAUGGCUCUCACAAAUGGAAACAAGAACAUCCGCUUUCGAUCCAGUUGCACUUGACCUUAGUGUUAUUCGUAGACAAUCUGAUGAGCAUAAAUUAUUGCUGAAUGAAUAUAAAGAAUUCAACAGAGUCAUUCAACGUAUUAAUGAUAUUGGAGCUGAAUAUGAUUCAUUGAUCAGAACAUCAAGUCCAAUUAUGAAUAAUUCAGUUGAUCGACAAGAUUUGACAGAUUUAACAUCAAUGCAACAAGAAUUAUUGGAGAUUAAUAAUCGCUAUAAUUUCAUUGGAGUUCGAUUAAAUGACCGACAAAAGGAUUUAGAUGACACAAGAACUGCUGUCCAAAGACAAAAAGAAAAUCUUGAAGGAUUGAAUUCAUUCUUGGAUAAACUUGAAAAGAAUCUUCCAAAAUACAACUUGACAGUUCGAGAAAAUGCUGAAAAAUGCAUUAAGCAUGUCCGUAAACAACAAGACGAAAUGUACGAAAGACAAUCAACACUUGACACAACAAAGAUUCAAAUUCGUGAAUUGCUACAACUCAAACCAAAUGCACCUGGUUCUGAACAAUUGAAAUAUGAAUUGGAUAGCUUAGUUGAUCGCUGGGCACGCCUUGCUGAGUUAUUGAAAGAAUGUUCAAUCUUUUCCGAACAAUCACUCGACUUUAUCGAAACUCAUGACUUAAUUUUCAACUGGUUAAUAUCGAAAGAAAAAUUAUUCUCAGUUUUGGGUCCAAUUUCAUCAGAUCCACGAACAGUCAGUAGCCAAAUGCAACAAGUUUCAGUUCUUCGUGACGAAUUUAAGGCACAGCAAACACAAUUAGAUUAUUUGAGAGAUAUUGGAGGUGGUCUCGUUAAUCAUUUCCAGCCAACAUCACAAGAAGGCAAGGCAAUUACAAAUAAAAUGAAUGACAUUGAAAAAAAGUGGAAUGACUUAGCUGAUCAACUUGAAAAACGCUAUAAAAAUCUUAUUGAAGUUGCAGAUACAUCUAAAGAUUUUGAUGCAAGCCUUAACCGUUUGCGUGAGAAUUUGCAGCAAAUCAGCGACUCACUUGACAAUUUACCAAGCGACAGCGACUUUGAGGGUAAAUUGCACAAAAUUACGCAACUCGAAAGACAACUUGAAGGUCAACGUCCAUUGUUGGCUGAUGCUGAAGCUACUGCUGCUUCUUUAACAAGUGUUAUUAGUGAUGCUAAAUCAAGCGCUGAAAUCAAGGCUAAAGUUCAAGCACUUGGCAAGCAAUAUUUGGCAUUACAGAGGAAGCUUGACAACAUCAAGGCUGAAAAUGAUGCAGCAUUGAAGGACAAGAAGCAUUUCUUAGAAAAUUGUGCCAAAACUAUUGGAUGGAUCGGAAGUAAACUCGCCAACUUUACAAGUCCACUUCUUAUUUCAGCCCAUAAGCCAACAUUACAGUACCAAAUUGAAACACAUGAGCCAAUUUAUCGUGAAGUUAUAUCAAAGGAAUAUGAAAUCAUCAUGCUGCUUAAUCGUGGUAAUGAUUUACAACAAAAACUUGGAGAACUUAAAGAUCUCGAGAAAAUUAACAGUCAAUGGACACGAUUAAAGGAAGAAGCACAAGAUCGUCAAACAAGAUUACAGAAAGCUUAUGAUGUAUACAAGAAUUACGAAAAGACAUCAAGUGGAUUCUUACAAUGGCUUUCAAAUGCUGAACGUGAACUAAUAGCAAUGAAGCCAGGUAUUCUUGUAAAGAAAGAACUCGAUAAGGAACUUCGUGAUGUCCAAACAUUGCGUAAUGAUGUUCUCAAAAAAUCAUCAGAUUAUGACAAGACACAAAAUCUAUGCGGUAACUUCCUUACAGCAUGUGAUGUAGACAAAGAUACAUUAAUGUCUGAAAUGCAGUCAACUAAGGAACGAUGGGAUGAACUUAACCGUCUCAUCAAUCUUAAGAUCGAAAGAAUUAAUAGCUUCGUUGAAAAAGUCAUGGACUUUAGUGACAACUUCAGACAACUUAGUGCCUUGGUACAAAGAAAUGAGGAUUCAUUUGAUUCAUUGGAAAGAAUUCAUGGUGCCAAUGCAGGAAGAGAUCCAAGAUCCCUUGAAAAGAUCAAAACAAUCAAAGAUGACAAUUCAGAAUUGAAGAAGAACUUCCAAAAUUUGAGAGCUUUGGUAGAGAAUAUUGCUAGUGAAGCACGUCCAGUUGGUUACAAUAGUGACAAUCUUUAUGCUGAUUUAGAACGCCUCUCAGAUCGUAUCUUGACAUUACAAGCUCGUCUCGAUGAUCGAUUUAAUGAUUUAACAAUAGCUUCUAAUGCUGUUACAAAGUUCAACGAAAGUAUCAAUUAUGUAACAUUAGAUCUUAGUGCAUUAGAAAAUGAGGUUGAUAGUCUUUCAUCACCAGCUCGUGAAGUAAAAGUUGUGAGAAGUCAACUUGAUGCAGGCAAUGAUUUACUUCAAAAGAUCGAAGAUGUUGGCAAUAAGAUUUCAGGAAUUGAAGCUAAUGGUGACACAAUGAUUGAAAAAGGAUAUGUGACUCGUCCAUCAGAAGUUCAUGAACCACUUGAUCAAAUCAAACGUAAACGAUCACGUCUUGAAAGUCGUACAAAGGAUUAUAUUGAAGCUGUCCAAAAAGCACUAAAGAUGUUGACAAGAUUCUAUGAAGAUUAUGAAGUCGCAUUAAAUGAAAUUUCUCAAAUUGAUUUUGAACUAAAGAAAUUAAAGACAAUUGGAUCAGAAGCAGCACAAAUCCGCCUACAACAACAAGAUUUCCAACAAUUCAGAAGAAAUGUUGUUGAUCCAAUGGAAAGAAAGAUUGAUGAUUUGAAUGAUUUAGGAAAGGAUUUGAUUAGAUCAGCUCAUGAAACAGUUUCAACUGGUAAUUUGGAACAUGACCUCGAAAAGAUUGUCGAAAAGUGGAGUGAGAUUAAGUCAAGAGUGUCUGAACGUGACAGGAAGUUAGAUCAAGCUUUAUUACAAAGCGGUAAAUUCCAAGAUGCAUUACAAGGAAUUCUAAGAUGGCUUACUGAUUCUGAAGAAAUGAUUAAGAAUCAAAAAUCACCAAGCAUCGACUACAAAGUUGCAAAGGCUCAACUUCAAGAACAGAAGUUCCUAAUGAAAAUGAUUGGUGACAAUCAAAAUUCAGUUUCGUCAAUUUUAAAAUUAGGAGAGGAAGUUCUUCAAGGAUGUGAACCUGGUGAAAGAAUUAAUAUCGAAAUGCAACUUAAAGACUUGACAGGACGAUUUGAUCAUCUUAAGAACAAAGCUGAUGAACGAACAAUAUUACUUGAAAAUGCAGUUGAUGUCGCUAAAACAUUACAAGAUCAAUUAACUCCAUUAGUGACAUUCCUUGACCGUUCUGAAAGAACAUUGAAAAAUCUUGAGAAUAUUCCAUCCGAUGAGGAUAAGUUUCAGCAAGCAAUUUACGAACAUGAUCGUUUAAAUAGUGAAAUUUUAUCCAAAGAUCCAGAUGUUGCAGCUCUUGUGUCAUUAAAGAACAGCAUAAGAAAAUAUUUUGAACCUGAAGAAGCUGAAUUAGCAAAUGAUAAAAUCGAUUCCGUUAGUGAUCGCUACAAUAUGCUUCGUGACGAUUCAGAACGUCUUGGUGCUCUUUUGAAUAAAACUAAGCAAGAAAUUAAGCAGUUUGCUAUUGCAUAUCAAGAUCUUUUUGCAUGGUGUGAUAAGCAGGAUAGAACUUUGGCUCAAUUUAAGAAUGCAUCCGUCCAUGUUGAUGUAAUUAAUGAACAAGUCAAUAAAUUAGAAGAUAUCAAUCGUGAGAUUCAAAAUAAGGAAUCAACUAUUCAAACAACGAUUGAUAUUGGAAAUGAACUCCUUCGCAGCAUCUCACAAGAUGAAGCAUUAAAAUUAAAGGAUAAACUUGAUUCAUUAGGCAGAAGAUAUAUCGAAAUUUCUAAGAAAUCAUCUGACUACUUAAGUAACGCAAAGGAUGCACAUGCUUUAGCCCAAGACUUCCAUGGAGCACACAAUCGACUUGUCAAUUGGAUGCAAAAUGCUGAAACGAUUCUUGUAGGAAAUGCAGCAAGUGAAAUUGAAAUUCUCACACUUGAAAGUGACUUGACUAAAAUGAGAAGUGAACUAGAAGCACUCAAUUCUUUAGGACCACAAUUGGCUCAACUUUCGUCAGAAGAAGGUGGUGCUACAAUUGAAGGAAUCAUCUCUCGUGAUAAUCGUAGAUUCGAUGCAAUUGUUGAACAAAUUCAACGUAAAGCUGAACGUCUUCAAAUGAUUGCUCAAAGAUCAAAAGAAAUCAAUGUUGAUCUUGAUGAACUUAUCCAUUGGUUCCGUGAAACAGAAGGUAGUUUGAGAGAUGCAGCUACACCAUCAAUUCAACCAAAGGUCGUGAAAAAUCAAUUGCUCGAACAUCGAUCAUUAAAUGACAGCAUUUCAGGUCAAAAAGGAAGAGUUCGUGAAGUUACAGCAAAUGCCAAGAAAUUAAUCCGAGAACUUCAAUCAAGCAAUGACAAUUUAGAUAACAUCCGUGAAAAACUUGAAGAUCUUAAGGAUGUUGUUGACUCAGUGACUAACUUGAGUGCUGAAAGAUUAUCAGUUUUAGAGCAAGUAGCUCCAUUAUCAGAACACUUUGCUGAUGCACAAGAUGAACUUGAUAGAUGGUUGACAGAUGCAGAACAAGAAAUCUCCAUGUUAACAGCACCCGGUGUAAGAGCUGACCAGAUUAUGCAGCAACAAGAGAAGAAUGAAAGAUUAAUGAAUACAGUCGCCAAUCAUAAACCAUUGAUUGAUAAGUUCAACAAGACUGGAGAUGCCUUCGCUACCCUUGUAGCUCGUCAUGAUGGUAAUGCUAUCCACGAUGUUGUUGAGGGAGUAAAUAACCGAUACAAUGCAUUAAAGACCGAAUUACGUGAGAGACAAUUAGCACUCGAACGAGCAUUACAAGAAACUUCCCAAUUUGCUGACAAACUUGAAAAUAUGUUAAGAACAUUGACCAAUGCAGCUGAACAAGUCAAAAAUGGUGAACAAAUUUCAGCACAUCCACCAAAGAUUUCCAACCAAAUUGACGAAAAUUGGACAAUUGCUGAUGACUUAGAAAAACGAGAACCAACAUUUGUUGCUAUUAAGGUAGCUGCUGAUGAAAUUAUUUCAAAGGCCACAAACCAUUCAGAUCCAGCAGUUAAAGAAAUCAAGAUGAAACUCGAGAAACUCAAUGUUUUAUGGGUUGAUGUCCAAAAAGAAGUCAAAAUUCGUGACAGUUCAUUAAAUGACACCCUUAAUGCAGCUGAGAAAUUCUGGAAUGAACUUCAUCUUAUUAUGGAUAAAUUGCGUGAGUUGAAAGAUACAUUAACAUCACAAGAACCAGUUGCAACAGAACCAAAAGCCAUUCAAAGACAAAAGAGCGAAUUAGAGGAAGUCGUUCGAGAAAUCCAAAACACCAAGCCAGAAGUCGAUCAAGUAAGACUCAGUGGAACGAACUUGAUCACUCUUAUUGGAGAUGCUGAAAAGCCAGAAAUUAAGAAGCACAUUGAAGAUUUAGAUCAGGCAUGGGGUAACAUCACAUCUCUUUAUGCACAACGUGAAGAAAAUCUUAUUCAAGCUAUGGAAAAAGCUAUGCAAUUCCAUGAAACUUUAGAAGCUUUAUUGAGAUUCCUUGAUGAAGCUGAAGAGUAUAUGCGCGGCUUGAAACCAAUUGGUUCAGAAAUCAUCCUUGUUAAGCAACAAAUUGAGGAGCACAAAAGCUUUAAAGAUCGUGUUGAUCCACAUGGAGUAGAAAUUGAAGCACUUAAUCGUCAAUUAAAUGAAUUAAGUGAAAUUACAUCUGUCGACCAAACAUCACAGAUUCGUAAUGGAGUAAAUGGAAUCAAUAAGCGAUGGGAUUCAUUGAAGCAAUUGAUGAACGAUCGUCAGAAACAACUAGAAAAUGCUUUACUUCAGCUAGGUCAAUUUGAGCAUGCAUUAAAUGAAUUACUGGUUUGGAUUAGAAAGACACAAACAACAUUCGAACAGAUUAAGAUCGUACCUGGUGAUGCUAAGCUUCUUGAAAUUGAAAUGGCAAAACUUAAGAUUCUCAUUAAUGACGCACAAGCUCAUCAAAAUUCAAUUGACACAAUUAAUGAUGCUGGAAGAAAGUUACUCGAAAAUGACGACUUUAUUGAUGCAUCAUCCACAAAAGAGAAACUUGACAAUUUGAACCGAUUAUGGCAAGACUUGCAACAUAACAUUGCUGACAAAGAAAGAGAACUAGAUGAGGAACUUGUUGAGGCACAAAACUUUGCAACAGAAGUUCAAGAUAUCAUCACAUGGCUUAAUGAUGUCGAUUCAGUUGUCGGCUCUACUAAGCCAGUUGGUGGAUUACCAGAAACUGCUACAGAACAGCUUGAAAAGUUUAUGGAAAUUUACAAUGAGAUUGAAGAAAACCGUCCAAGAGUUGACAAUCUUUUAGCACAAGGUGCCAACUAUGUUAAGAAACAUGCUGAAUUGAACGUAAGUUCUAGCAACUUGCAACAUUCAUUGAGAACACUUAAGCAAAGAUGGGAAGCUGUCGUAUCUAAAGCUGGUGAUAAGAAGAUCAAAUUGGAAAUUGCACUUAAGGAAGCAACUGAAUUCCAUGAAUCUCUUCAAGCAUUUGUCGAAUGGUUGACUGAUGCUGAAAAACGUCUUACAACAGCCGAAUCCAUUUCAAGAGUACUUCCAACAGUCACAAAACAAGUUGAGGAACAUAAAGCAUUCCAGAAAGAAAUUGGAACUUAUCGCGAGUCAAUGCUACAACUUGACAAGAAAGGAUCACACUUGAAAUACUUCAGUCAGAAGCAGGAUGUCAUUUUGAUCAAGAAUCUUCUUGUUUCUGUUCAACAUCGAUGGGAACGAGUUGUUAAUAAAGGCACAGAAAGAAUGCGUGCAUUAGAUCAUGGAUUGAAGGAAUCUAAAGAAUUCUACGACUCUUGGGGCUCAUUAAUAAGUUGGUUACGUGACAACGAAGCUCAAAUGAAUAAGAUUGACAGUGAUCUAAAUGGAAGCAAUGAUUCAAUAAAGGUUAAACAAGCUUUGGAAAGGAUUCAAAAUAUCCAUCGUGGCUUAUCAGGCAAACAAACUGAAUAUGAUGCACUUUUAAGAGCUGGAAAAGCAUUGAUUGACAAAGCACCAAAAUCUGAUGAACCAGAAUUGACAAAGAUGCUCAAUGAGCUUAAAGAAUUGUGGACAAAAAGCUGCUCAAGAAGCAUUGAAAGACAACGAAAAUUGGAAGAACUUUUACUCUUGUCAGGACAAUUUUCAGAAGCACUCACUGCCAUCCUUGAAUGGCUUAAGAAAGCAAAGGAAUCACUCACGGAUGAAACUCCACUUCAUGGUGAUAUUGAUACAGUAACAGGAUUAGUUGAUAUGCACAAACGAUUUGAAGCUGAUCUUGAAAAAAGGUCUAAGCCAAUUGAUAAUGUCAUUGAAAAUGGAAAGAGACUUGAUCCAAAUAAUACAGCACCGGAAAUCAUCAAGAACCUCCGUGAAGUUGAGUCACUAUGGAGCUUCGUAAAGACAAUGAAUGAACAGAAGACAGAAGAAUUACAAAAGGCAGUCAAAGAAGCAGAAAAAUUACACAAGAAUGUUAACAUCCUUAUGGAAUGGCUAUCUGAUGCUGAACAAAAAUUGAAAUAUGCUCCAGCAAUUCCAACAGACGAAGCUGAAGCACAAAGAAUGGUCAGCGAAUUUAAUGUCUUCCUUUAUGAAAUGCGUGAUAAGGAAACUGAUAAGAAUGAAACUCUCGAAUUGGCACAAAAUAUUCUCGAUAGAGCACAUCCAGAUGCAAUUAAGAUCUUGCGAACAAUCAUUCAGACCAUUCAGCAACGGUGGGAUGAGAUUUCACAAUGGGCACUUAAUCGUGAAAAUAAACUAUCUAGUCAUUUACAAUCAUUGAAAGAUCUGGACGGAACAUUAGACGAUCUACUCGCAUGGCUUGCAGGAUUAGAAAGAACAUUAAAGAAUCUUGAAGCUGAGGAUCUUCCAAAUAAUGUUUCAGAGAUUGAAAAACUUAUCGAAGACCAUAAAGAAUUCAUGGAAAAUACAGCAGGUCGACAAAACGAAAUCGAUCUUAUAUGCAAACCAAGCAAGGCCAAGCCAUCGCUAAAGGAAGCUAGAAAACCUUCUAGAACUGCAAUGCGAACUACCAGUCGUCUCUCGCCAUCGGCAAUUUCUGAAGCGAAGGCUGCAGCUGACAAUGGUUUACCGCAUUAUGGACCUAAAUUUUCACCUGGUGUGGCUGAAAUCGAUUUCCGCUCACCACGCGCCAGAACAUUGUGGGAUAGUUGGCGCAAUGUCUGGAUGCUCGCAUGGGAUCGUCAAAAGAGACUCCACGAGCAUCUCAUGAUGAAGCGCGAGCAAGCAAAAUUACAAUCAUUCGAUUGGGAGGAUUGGAGAAAGAGAUUCUUAAAGUUCCACAAUCACAAGCGAUCACGUGUUGUUGAGUUCUUAAAGAAGAUUGACAAGAAACAGAAUGGAUUAAUUCCACGUGAAGUUUUCGUUAGUGAGAUUAUAGCAUCAAAAGCACCAACUAAACGUUUUGAAGUCGAGGCAGUUGGUGACAAAUUCGAUCCAGUGAGCGAAGGAGUUAUUGACUGGGAAGAUUUCUUGAUUGCCCUCAAGCCAGAAUGGCAACAAGAGCCAAAGCACGAAGCUGACAAGAUUCAUGAUGAAGUCCGUCGAUUAGUCAUGCUUUGUACAUGUCGCCAGAAAUUCCGUGUCUUCCAAGUUGGGGAAGGCAAAUACAGAUUUGGUGCUGAACAAAAACUCCGUUUAGUUCGAAUUUUAAGAAGUACUGUUAUGGUUCGUGUCGGAGGAGGUUGGAUAGCCUUAGAUGAAUUCUUAUUGAAGAACGAUCCAUGCAGAGCACGUGGUAAAACUAACACAGAACUUCGAGAGGAAUUUGUCCUUGCUGCCGGUGUUUCACAGACCAUGCAAGCUUUUACACCUCGCCAAUCUAUUUCAUCCGCUAGUCCUGGACAGCCAUCACGCGACUAUUCAUCAAAAUCACGACAAGGUUCGACAACAGCUGACUCCGAUCAUUCAGAUUCUGUUAGUGCUGGUCGUCGAACACCAUCGAGAACUCCUUUAUAUACGAAAACAUCGAUACCAAUAAGAUCAAGCUUAACGCCAUCAACAUCUUCAAGAAGUAAGCCUGUAUCACGUCACGGAUCAUCAAUAUCUUUAGCAAGUAAUGAUGAAUCGACCCCAACAAGAAUACCGACUAGAAAAAUCGGUACAACACCGAAAACACCCACAUCAAGUACCAAACCGCCAGUAUCGUCUGCAAGCAAGGCACGAUUAUUAUCAAAGAAAGCAGAAGAGAAACCACCAUUUAGGUAAAUUCUACAUCUACAAUGUAUGAUCACGUGGGACCAUCAACAAAUAAUUAAAAAUGUACCCAAACAUUAAUCAACUAACAUCACAAAAUGUUCAUCAAGAAGAAUUACAAUAAUGGCAGACUAAUUUAGCAAUUAAAGGAAAUGUGACAUGCUAAUUAACCAAUAGUCAUAGAUAUUAUUUAAGUUUCACUCUUAAUUUCUCAAAUCGUUAAGUGUUUUGAGCAUUAAACAACUUUUUAACAUAAGUCAUAAGAAAAUUUAUCUUUUUUAUAUCAAUAACAAAUCAUAAUUGUUGCUAAAGCAUUGUUGAACCAUACUUUUUAUUAUCAAGCUAUGCUGAAAACACAUUUUAUAACGCAAGAUCAGAUAUAGUCAAUAAAGAAAAAUGUUACUAUUAAAUUUGCUUACUUUGUACCUUUAUUAAACGUUAAGAACAUAAUAUAUUAAGUUUCAGGUAUUACUUCUACCAUUUAUGAAUGAAAAAAAAAAGUCUAAUUAAUGUAUGUAUGAGAUGCAGCUUUAAUUGUUCAUUGUAUCAAUAUACUUGGUAACGGCCUUGGUUCCCUCGCUUACAGCAUGUUUGCCCAACUCUCCUGGCAAUAACAAUAAUGUGCUUGUUUGGAUAUCGCGACUUGAAAUUGUAGCUCUCUUGUUAUGAUGCGACAAGCUCGAUGCUUCCAUUGCCAAUUUCUCAAAUGUGUCGUUGACAAAGCUGUUUAAGACACUCAUUGCUCUUGGUGUGAUGCUACAGUCUGGAUGAACUUGUUUCAUUACUUUGUAGAUGUAUUUUGCAAAUGUUUCCUUGCGCUUUUGUUUGCGUGCCUUCUUUUUUUGCAUAUUUGACACAACCAGCUGUGCUUUAACAGCUUUCUUUGCUGGACUCAACUUCUUUCCGAAUGCCAUUGUUAAAAUUUAAUCAAAAACUUUUAUAAAUAUUUUACUUAAGAUGUUAUCGCUUUGAAGUCAAAAAGCUGAAUGAAAAAAUGUCAAGAAAGUGCGCUUCUUUUAUAAGGAAAUGAUUCAAAAUGGCGGGCAUAAACAAAGGAAAAUAUAAAUCAUCAAAAAUCUUAAUUCAUUAACAAUCAACAGCUUAUCAAAGGAGUGGAAAGGAUAGAAAACAUCAUAUUCUACUUAUGUAGUGCUUUAAAGCACCUUAAUUUGUAAUAUUUGAAGAUAAAAUAUGCAUCAGAAAUUUCCAACGUGGAAAAGAUAAAAACAUUAAAUUAAUUGAUUAAUUCUUCUAUGGAUGUUUUGAAAAUGCUAUGAAGAUGUCGCUAUUGUUUAGCAUUAUUAAAUUCUCUUAAUUAAACUAUGCUUAAUAAGGUAUAAUUAAGCUUUGAGAGAAUUUCGACUGUCGUACACAAACCAACACUUUUACAGUUUUGGAAUAUCGAAUUUUAUUCAGUAAAUUUGCAAUCAUUGGUUCUAUUUCAGAUCAUUUAAAUACAGUAAUUAUGUAAAAUAUGUUUCAACCUGUGUGUUGCUAUUGAAAGUUGUAAGUAUUUUGCGAGCAAUAAAGCUAUAAUUAACUUUCGAUAUUCCCUUUUGUUCACUAAUACAGUCACAAUAUUCAAUACGCGAACAUCGACAAACUUUGAAUAUUUCAUGACUGGUAGAAAUUUUUUGAUGCAUUUUUCAUUAAUUUAACUAAAGUAAUUCAUUAAAUCUGAUACAAUAUGAAUCACAUGAAUCAACAAAUAAUUUUAUGAGCAAUCAAGUAAAGAAAUUAAAAUAGGUUUGCAAAUGAAAGUUUCUGUGCAGUUCAGCGACACUUACAAAAAUGCAUUUAUUUAAUUAACAAGAGAAGCUAGAGUAAAGAUGACAUACCAAAAUAAAAGGAUUUAUAUUCUCUAUAGUAAUUAAAAGUUACAUUAAGCCAAAAUAUCAAGGAUAAAGAUAUAAAUUUUGUGAAAUCUCAGCUACUUCCCCAUACUUUCUGCUCAAUCCAGGUCAAAUAAGCUGCAACCUUUGUGUAAACGGCAACAGAAUUUUCAACUCCACAAUAUUGACUUCCAAAACUCGUGAUUCCAACUAUAAUGUGAACACAUUUAUUUUUUGGUGAUAUUAUUUGAAGUGGACCUGCGAAAUUAAUAGAAUUUAUUAAUUAAAUGCAGUGUAGGAACAGUAAGGAAAACUUACCUCCAGAAUCCCCCUAAAUAGUCGAUUCAUAAAAUAGAAAUGAUAUUAAAUUGGUUUUUAAGAAUCAGCAAUCAAUGAAUCAUCUUACCGAGCAAGUAUCUCUUGUCUCUGAAUAUCCCCAGCACAAAUCUGGCUACUAUCAACAUUUUCAUUAUCCAAAUAGUUCCGGCAUGUACUAAUAUCUUUGAUCUUCAGUUUAGCUUUCUGCAAGAUAUCUGAAGUGAGGCCUGUAAAUGCUUGUGUCAAUCCCCAGCCAGUAACAACAGCUUUGUCUACAUUAACUUGAUUGUCUGGUGUCAUAAGGCAUGCAGGUCGAAUAAAUUUUGAUAAACUGACCUUAUUGACAAGUUUAAUUACAGCAAUAUCAUUUUUCUUACGAUUUGGAUCGUAAAUUUCAUGACUUAUAAAUGAUUCUAUUGCUAUGUCUAUUUCAUAUGAGCUUUGUUCCUUUACUUUCAAAUUUAGAACUCCAAGACGAACAAUUGAUGAUGCUUUACCAUCAAAUAUUCUACAAUGUGCAGCACUUAGAACAAAUUGAUCAGAAAUUAAAGAUCCACCACACACAAAAUGAGCAACUCUAUUCUUGUCUUUAUAUCCAACAGCUGCCAUGUGAGGAAAUUCACCAGCUUUUGCAUUCUCUCCAUUAAUUAUCAAACUUAUUGAAUUCUCGCAAUUUUCCAUUUUGACAUUUUGAAAUGCCGGCCUUAAACUAAGAGCACUGGAUGACACAUUCCUUAAUGACAUAUUUAGAUAUUCCUCGCACUUCAUUUCACUUACUCGAUGUGCUGUAUUUAAACUUGUUUGAGAACUGUCUUGAGAAUUUGGAUGUUGAUUUGAGUAUUGCAAAGAUUGUUGCUGGAGGUAAUUGUCAUUGGAUUGCUGUGGCUGUUGAUAGUUCACAUUUGAUGGUUGUUGAUUAGUCAAAUAUGAAGGUUGUGAAUAGAAUGAAUUAAGUCCCUGUUGCUGAGGAUAGUAUCUAUAUGCUGGUGCCGUGUAAAAGCUACUUGAUGGCUGUCUAAUGAAGGAAUUCGAUGCUUGUGGAUAAAAUGAGUUUGAUUGCUGCUGUGUAAAGUAAUUAUUUGGCUGAUAAUUUCGAUUAAAUGUGUGUUGAGCAUUUGGAUCCUGACGAAAUUCAAAAUUGUAGGGAUUAUUCCAAUUAUAUUGUGAGUAUCCAGACUCAAAAUCCACAAUUAGAGCGAAAAAAGUAAGUGCAAGGCUUUUCAUUUCAAUAACAAUAUAGAGCACAUAAGUGUCUUAUCAAGACUGUAAUAUUUUUGGAAAUAUAAGUUUGCACAAUAAUCGACUGACACG